AUGGCGAACGUAGAAAAACCAAAUGAUUGUUCAGGUUUCCCUGUUGUUGACCUGAGUUCGUGCUUUUCUAACAAUUUCAAUAGUACGAAACAGGAAAUAGAAAUGGAAACAGAUGAUUCACCAAUUUUAUUAAUGUCAUCAUCAGGUUCAAGAGAAAAUUCGAACACUUUCUCUGUCAUACAGAGGACGCCGGACGGAAAGAUCAUCACCACGAAUAAUAAUAUGAACUCUAAGAUUAACAAGCAACUGGACAAAUUGCCUGAAAAUUUAAGACUUAAUGGUAGAACCCCCAGUGGGAAACUAAGAUCAUUUGUUUGCGAAGUUUGUACGAGAGCGUUUGCAAGACAAGAGCAUUUGAAAAGACAUUACAGAUCGCAUACAAAUGAAAAACCUUAUCCCUGUGGUCUCUGUAACAGAUGCUUUACUAGGAGGGACUUAUUGAUCAGACACGCCCAAAAAAUUCAUAGUGGUAAUUUAGGGGAAACAAUUUCUCAAACUAAGAGAGCAUCUAGAGCAAUAACUAAAGCUCGAAAAAAUUCCGCUUCCUCAGUUAAAUUUCAAACUCCUAAUUACGGAACUCCAGAACAUGGUAAUUUUUUGAAUCGCACCACCACCAAUACAAGGAGAAAGGCAAGUCCCGGCGCUAAUGUGAAACGUAAGUAUUUGAAAAAACUCACCCGCAGAGCUUCAUUUAGCGCACAGUCUGCCUCCAGCUAUGCUUUACCCGACCAAUCUUCGUUAGAACAACAUCCAAAGGAUCGUGUCAAGUUUUCCACACCUGAAUUAGUACCGCUCGACUUGAAAAAUUCCGAACUUGACUCUACAUUUGACCUGAAUCUGAAUCUAGAUUUAGGCAUAAACCUAGAUUCCAAUUUCAACAUAGCAUUGAACCGCUCUGAUUCUUCUGGAUCCACAAUGAAUUUGGACUAUAAAUUGCCGGAAGCUGCAAAUAACUACACGUAUUCUUCCGGCUCACCAACUGGCGGAUAUGUCGCUGCUAACUCGAGUUCCAAGAACGCUUCAUUUAACGAUGCAGACUUAUUGUCGUCGUCGUACUGGGUAAAAGCUUAUAAUGAUCAUUUGUUUUCAGUAUCAGAAAGUGACGAAACUUCUCCAAUGAAUUCCGAAUUAAACGACAAUAGAUUGAUUGUCCCAGAUUUGAAAUCGACUAUAAAUCAAUGGAAGGAUUCAAGGUCCUCCUCUUGGACUGUUGCUAUAGAUAAUAAUAAUAAUAAUAAUAAUAAUAAUAAUAAUAACAAUAACAAUAAUAACAAAGACUCUGGCAACCACACUGACUUCGUCGAUUUUCAAGAACUGUUGAAGAAUGAUGCGUUAGCUAACGAUUCAUUGGAGACUACGGCAGUUUUGAAAGAAUUUAAUCUUUUACAUGAUGAUAGUGUAAGCGCCACCGCUACAUCAAAUGAACUUGACCUUUCCCAUUUGAACCUAUCCAACUCUCCCAUUUCUCCUCAUAAGCUAAUUAAUAAGAAUAAGGAAGGAAGUAAUGACGAUGUAUUGAUUUCUUUCGGACUCAGUCAGCCUUCCAAUUGCGAAGACGAUCUGGAUAAAUUGUGUAACAUGACUAAAGAUGUUCAAGCCAUCUUCAGCCAAUAUAUGAAAGGAGAAGAGUCUAAACGAUCACUAGACCACUUUCUAUCAUCGUCAAAUCGAAAAGAAAACCCAGAUAGCGGCAAUUAUACCUUUUAUGGGUUAGAUUGUUUGACAUUGUCGAAAAUAUCAAGAGCCCUACCGGUCUCUACUGUAAACAAUGAACAACCUUCUCAUUCUACCGAAUCCAAGCUAUUCAAUGAACCAAUGAGGAAUAUGUGCAUCAAAGUGCUUAGCUACUACAACAAGUUCAGUCACGAUGGUAGUGGAACUUCCAUGGACUCUAAUCCAAAUUUGCUAUCCAAAGAAUUGUUAAUGCCAACUAUAACUGAACUGAACGAAUAUUUGGACCUUUUCAAAAAUAAUUUCCUCCCCCAUUUUCCUAUUAUUCACCCAAGCUUGCUCGACUUGGAUUUGGAUAGUUUGCAGCGAUACACUAAUGAGGAUGGAUAUGAUGAUGUUGAAAAUGUGCAGUUGUUUGAUCGCUUAAGUCAAGGUACAGAUAAAGAUUAUGAUUAUGAGCACUAUCAAAUCUUGUCCAUUUCCAAAGUCGUUUGUUUGCCUUUAUUUAUGGCCACAUUUGGCUCUUUGCAUAAAUUCGGUUACAAGCCUCAAACAAUAGAAUUGUAUGAAAUGAGUAGAAGAGUAUUACAUUCCUUCUUGGAGACUAAAAGACGAUGCCGCAGCACACCAGUGAAUGAUAGUCAUCAAAAUAUUUGGCUGAUGCAAUCUCUAAUAUUGAGCUUCAUGUUUGCUCUAGUUGCGGAUUAUUUGGAGAAGAUUGACUCUUCUUUAAUGAAAAGACAAUUGUCCGCACUAUGUUCUACAAUCAGAUCGAACUGUUUACCAACAAUUUCUGCAAAUUCCGAGAGGGGUAUUAAUAAUAACAAUGAACCUUUAACCUUCGGUUCUUCUCUUCAGUACAUCAUUUUCGAAUCAAAAAUUAGAUGCACCUUCAUGGCUUACGAUUUUUGUCAGUUCUUGAAAUGUUUCUUCCAUAUUAAGUUCGAUCUGUCCAUAAAGGAAAAUGAUGUUGAAACUAUUUAUAUUCCCGAUAAUGAGUCAAAAUGGGCCAGUGAAUCGAUAAUAUCUAACAGACAUACUGUGCAAAAGCAAAACCUUUAUGACUUUAGAAACUUUUAUUACAGUUUUACGUAUGGACACUUGCAUUCAAUACCAGAGUUUUUAGGGUCGUCGAUGAUUUAUUAUGAAUACGAUUUAAGGAAAGGAACCAAAUCCCAUGUAUUUUUAGAUAGAAUCGAUACGAAACGGUUAGAGAGGAGCCUAGAUACUUCUUCUUAUGGCAAUGAUAAUAUGGCAGCAACGAACAAAAAUAUCGCUAUCUUAGUUGAUGACACUAUAAUUUUGAAGAAUAAUUUGAUGUCAAUGAGAUUCAUUAAACAGAUUGAUCGCACAUUUACUGAAAAGGUUAGAAAGGGGCAGAUCGCAAAGAUAUAUGACACCUUUUUAAGUUCCAAGAAUUUAAAUUUUCUGAAGAAUUACUCAGUUGAAGUGUUAUGUGAAUUUUUAGUUGCGCUGAACUUUUCAAUUCGUAACAUUUCGUCUUUAUACAUAGAAGAAAAUGAUUAUUGCCAAAGAAUGAAUUCCCUGGAGCUGCCAAGAAUUCACUUGAAUAAUCAAGCGCUUUCCGUUUUCAAUUUACAAGGCUACUACUAUAGCUUUAUCCUAAUUAUUAAGUUUUUAUUGGAUUUUGAAGCAACUCCAAAUUUCAAGUUACUGAGAAUUUUUAUUGAGUUGAGAAGCCUUGCGAAUUCUAUUUUGCUUCCUACACUCUCAAAAUUAUAUCCGCAAGAGUUUUCUGGAUUUCCAGAUGUUGUAUUUAUGCAACAACUUAUAAAUAAAGAUAACAGCGCGCUUGUCCCCGAUUCAUAUACAAACGAACACAACAAUAGUGCAAAUGCAGCUGUUAAAAUCAAAUUGGCCAAAAAGAUCAAUGUUGAAGGACUUGCGAUGUUUAUUAAUGAAAUCUUGGUCAAUUCUUUUAACGAUACCUCUUUUUUAAAUAUGGAAGAUCCUAUUCGAAAUGAGUUUUCUUUUGAUAAUGGGGAGAGGUCGGUGAUGGACAUAGCUCGUCCAGCGCAUUUCUUAUUGGAUUCAGGUUUAGAAGGUAUCAACUUCAACGGCCUAAAUGAUUCACAUCAAACUGUUUCUACUUUAAAUCUUUUGCGCUAUGGGGAACAUCAUUCAUCCAAACAUAAAAGUGGAGGAAAGGGACAAGGAUUUGCUGAAAAGUACCAGUUAUCUCUGAAGUAUGUUACUAUUGCCAAAUUAUUUUUCACCAAUGUUAAAGAAAACUACAUUCAUUGUCAUAUGUUAGAUAAGAUGGCUAGUGAUUUCCGCACUCUGGAAGGUCAUCUAAAGGGAAACAGCUGA